ACCUACCAAAUGUCUUCAUGAAGGGACACAUUAACGACAUUCUGUUAUAUUCACUUGAAAUUCGCGGAGGAAUUAAAUAAUUGAUUCAUCUUGUCAUGUCUCAGUGUACUCGGAACUAUACGUUUAGUCCGCACGUUGGAUUUGUUUCCGCUAUUCUUUUCAUGCUUUUCUUCUCUUUUUCUUUUUCUUCUCCGUCCUCCUUCCACACUGUGACCGGAACUCUUUGUUUCAAGUGAACAUUGUCAGUUAGCGGAAGUCCUUUCUCUAUCCUUCCGCGCAUUGUUAUGCCAGCCAGUUUCUUUCAAUGCUUUUAGUACAAACGAGUACUUGGAGUCACUGAAGUGAUGAGUGAUUGGAGUAAAGUUUGACAAACAUUUUGAUGAUGACCAAUUCUCCCAAGGCGGUCUGUCAACAAAUAUUUCGUCAUGUAAACUCCUGGAAUAACAUUGAGCCUAAUGAGCCACUCACAGCACAUUCAACACUUUGCGCAAGAUUAUUCGUAUUUUAUUUCAAGGCGUAUAUUUUAAGGAUUAACAAUAGGUAUUCUCCCUUGCCUUGAGGAGAUUUCUGGAUCUCUUGCCUUCAAGUCACUACUCUUCCUCGGCGCAACGCGUCUUUCAUCAUUUGUUGCUCUUGCCAUUGUUGUUGCUGCUCAUACCUCAGAACAAAACAAAAGUCCAACAGCACCAAGCAUCCAUUACCUGUUGUCAAGUCAUCAGCUCUGAGUAAAUUCCAUUUCCAAUCACUGAUCCUCUAUUAGAAUAGAACGCACGAGACAAGUAAUUACGGCGUCUUGCUUGUCCCUAUGUUGCUUACCUCUUUUUAAUUCGGCCAAUUGAGCUUUGAUAUUCACACUUUGGUCAGUGAAUCUCGCCAACAAUUCUGCCACUCUUCAGUUAUCAAUCUAACCAGAAUCCAUUAGAUAUCUGAUCACUGCCUAAACAGGCCCCUUCCUCACCUUGCCAGGUGGCCCAUCAAGCAAUUAUGAACGAUAUAAAGAGGAUACUAAUAUCUUCUCUACAUGGCUCGGUCAAACUCCCAUUAAGUGUGGAUAUAAAUUAGACAUUCAUGCCAAAUGGGUUUGCUAGAAUUCAUCUAAUACCUCCGAAUCAAGUUCAUUUUCUGCUUCAUCUUCUUCAUCAAUCUUUUCCUCCGCACCGUUCGCCUCUACUUCAAGCUCUAAUACAAUCACUUCUGUUUCCAGCUUCUCCUACACUUCAAAAUGUAUCAAUUCUUCUAAAACUGCAACUCGUCUAAAGGAAAACCGCCAAGAAACCAAAAGUUUCUACCACGCAGGUUCAUGAAUUGACCGUCGUUAUCAUCAGUUUACCAGAGAUUUGGUUAAACAAGCAAAGAUUAUCGCUGCUCGGAGGGAGAUUACUUCAGGUUCCCCUUUGUCAUUCGUUGUGUAGCUGAGCGAGCAAUCCAUGCUCGUAAACGAUUCUUAAAGUAGUUCCAACAAGCUCGCCCUGAGGAUGAGGCACCACAUAGCAUUUUAUUGGAGUGCUAGAAACCGUUUUGGACAUUCUAAAGCCGUGUUACGGAAGCUUCCAGGCAAACAAUGGACAAUUUGUCAAAGAGAACCUAAAGUAAAGGAAAAUGUGAAUAUUCCAGCUAACAUUUUCGUCAUGUUGGACGUAGACGGUAUUGCUAAUGAAGACCUUGCUACUUCUAGAACCAAUCUGGAAUUUCUAAGCCCCCAACUAAAUUCACUUCAGUGGAAAGAUACGAGCUGGAUGUGGGUCCUGAAAUUGAUGUACCCUCCUUUGCGUCUUGCUUUUUUGAAGGUUUGCAUGAGAAUCAAGACUUUAUCAAAGAUACUUAGAGAUAUAACAGGAUACUCACAACUUUGUUGAGCACAAUCCAAUUCCUCCCAUGAAAUACGCCUGGCUCUCGAACAUUCGCGUCAAGGGAGUUGAUGAGACAGUCGAAGCUCCAGCCCAGAAUAUGUAUUGUUCGCACCGAAAGGAAGUUAAAGUGGAAGUAUCACGUAUGGAGGGGGACCAACAAUUCCAACCAUCUCUGAAGCUUCAUAAGGACCAUACAUCAUGGCAUAUUCACGGGUCGUUAUUCUAAGACAACUCAUGAAUUUUACAGUUUGACCCCUUUUCGUUGUUGUCAUUACCGAGG